AUGGGCCAAUCUUCUACUGCAAGCUCCUCCGCCCCUUCAGUAACACGAAUCCAGCGCUACUCGUCGUACACAUUUUCACUGUUCACGACCCUACAUCUGGCUACAACCUCGGUCAUCCCCGUCCUCGCCCGUUCCGUGCCCGCCUCCGAGUCGUUCCUCCUCCUAGCGCGCGAGAUCUACCAAACACCACUCUCCGAACCGUUGCUCGUCGCUUUACCAGUCGUAGUCCACAUCGGUGCGGGGAUAGCCACCCGCCUUAUUCGAAGGUCGCAAAAUCUCAAGCGGUACUAUGGCGACGACCAUCAUCACAGAAAGGGCAGUGUGCCAGCAAAGCAGACCCCCACUCUGAGGAGCGGAUGGCCCACCUUCAGCUACAUUGCCGCGUCAGGAUACGGCUUCACCGCCAUCUUCGCGGCGCACGCAUUCAUGAAUCGGGGCUUGCCACUUCUAGUAGAAGGUGACAGUGCCAACAUCGGGUUGGCGUUCGUAGCGCAUGGGUUUGCGAAGCAUCCUGUUAUCUCCUGGACCUCGUUUGUGUCGUUGAUCGGUCUCGGUGUGGGGCACAUGGUCUGGGGGUGGGCGAAGUGGGUUGGGGCGGCGCAGGGUGCCGGUUGGCAGCUUGAGAGGCACACUGGGAAUGCGGCGGUUGACAAGCAAACCAAGAAGAAGAGAAGGAGAAGGUUGCUGGUUAUCAAUGGAGUUGCUGCUAUUGGGUGCGUGAUGUGGGCUGCUGGUGGUCUUGGGAUAGUAGCCAGGGGGGGCGAGACAUUGGGGUGGGUUGGGAAGCUGUACGAUGGCCUGUACGAGAAGGUGCCUGGCCUCUUUUGA